AUGAUCGAUUGUUCAGUGGGAUAUGACCACUUUGCGUGGCCAAUAAUUUGUUUCCCUGCUGCUGGAUUUUUGUUUCUCGUUGACUUAAAUUCCCCAGUCAAAAUUAUUAUUAUUUCCGUCAGCCAGCGAUCCACCAUUGCGCGUGAUGAAGCAGACCCAGGCCCCGUCGACACUGGCCCAGUCGGCCGAGUCCCAGCAGACGAGGGCCCAGUAGACCUAGACCCAGCAGACCCGGGCUCAGUUGACCCGGAAUCAGCAGAACCGGGUUCAGUUGACCCGGAACCAGCAGAACCGGACCCAGUAAACCCAGACCCAGCAGACCCGAACUCUCUUGACCCACACCCAACCGAACCAGGCUCAGCUGACCCUGAUCCAGCAGACCCGAACUCUCUUGACCCAGACCCAGCCGAACCGGGCCCAGUAGACGCUGAACUAGCACACCCAGUAGACCCUAUCUUACGUAGACCUAGCAGCGCUCGUGUCACGCCCCUGCCACGAUGCAGAACCCGACCACCGCCUGCCUGCGACUUGUGUUGCUGGCGUCGCUGGUCUGCAUCUCUGCUGCUGGUUCUCCGGCGCCAGGUGCACAAGAUUCUUCAACAGAUGCGCCUGGACCGCCGGGAACAUCUGGACCAUCUGGAACGUCCAGCACAAUUCGCUGCUAUCCAGUUAAUUUGGCAAAUGACUCGUCUACGUCAAUGAGCGCUUUUCUCGUCAUCUCGGUGAUGGUUAAGGUUCCCCAUGACGGUGACUGGGUAGAAUACUUCGAUGAAGAGCACUGGCUCAACCAUCCGGUCGAGCCAGGAAAGGGGGAAAACAGUCGGACAUUUCUCACCCUGAAUUUCACUAACUACACAAUUG